AUGGCGUCGACGGAUGAGCGAAAUUUACGAGAUUUGCUGCUCGAAUCGACCGACGAUCUCGAGCACGUCGUCAAGAUGGUUAUAACUUUUACAAAAACCGAAAUAUGCUCAAUUUUCAGAUCAUUGACGUUCUGAUCAAUCGCGAAAAGAGUGCAAUGGUUCGGAACGGCGAAAGUGUUGAGAAUAUUAUCCGAUUGUUCGACGCCAAACAAGAGACCGUGAAGGCGCUUCUGAGGAAGGUUCCCGAGUACCAAGAGCGCGAAAAACUCAUUCGAAUUCUUCAAAGCCACGUGAAUAAGCGGAACGAAGUGAUUCAAGAAGUCGAGUUCAAUUUGAAGGCGUGCGAAGUCGCCCUCACCAGAUCCUGCUUCAACGUGAGCGGCUUCAGAUUGAAUCAUAAGUUGAAACAAAACUUGCCACUUUCAGGCGAACCAGAAGCUGAAGCAGAUGAAAGAGGCGGAGCUGCGACCGGUGAACAGCGAGCAGCUGAUCAAGCUGGCGCACCAGAUCAGCAAGCACAACUCGAUAUCGGCGCCGCUGACGUGGCAGAUCGGCGAUCCGUCGCGGCCGUUCCCGCAGGAACAUGAGUUCCGCUCCGGACACCUUCUGAAUCCGAAGACGCAAAGUGCCGGCCCACAGCUCCUUCCGGGCAAGAGUGCCGCGCAGAAACCGUUGGUCGGACAGAACUUGCACGGGGUAGGCGCUUUAAAAAAAUGAACUUUUGAGGACUUGGAUCUUGUGUCCAAGUUUCAGACCAAAGCUCGUAUCUUCAGAGGAAAUAAUCCGAUCGGCCUGAAACCUAGACCAAAGAUAUUUCACGUUUUGGCCCAAAAAAGCCCGGGCGGCCGGUUAUUUGCCCAGCCCUGUCACAUGACUUCCGUACAGUCUGGCGCGUGAUCAGACUGAUAAGGGCAUCACAGUCAGUUCAAAAAGUGAUCGCCGGCAGUUCGGGACAGGCGUGUGGGAGGGGCCUGUUUUUGAAAAAAAAUUGGCAGCCGCGAGGCUGCCCAAUUUACCCGGACUGUAAUAGGUUGCCAAGUUGCUUCAACUCUAAAUUACUUCUAUGGGCCAUAUUUGUUCAGUUUCCAAUCAUUUGAACCCACUACAAUAAAACGUCUUAUGGUUGCCGCUGGUUCGGAAAUUUCAAUCCGAUCGCCAGAUCAAAAAAAUGUUUUGGCGUUUCUCAAACAUCCCGCAUCUAUGUCUAUUUCCAGGUGUCUCCAUCCACAUCCGCUGCCGCGUCAAACGGAUCCGCUCCGCUGCGCACCGUCGGAACUCCGCUCGUCAACUCGUCCCACGCCGACGACUACAGUCCCCGAACGGGCUACGGAUCCGAGCCGACGCCUCCGAUCCAGGAGCAGGUCAUCAAAGGAGCCACGCCAAAUGAAAAACAAUGGCAGAACCCGGGGGCGACGGGUGCUGGCGGUCUCUCGUCGCAGUCGCCGUAUCAUCACGUGUCGCAGGUCGGUUCGCGCGCGCGCACUUGUAGGCCUCUUGUCGCAAUCAACUGCGAUGCACGGCUAGCGCGGGAGGGAAGCGCUCGGCCGCUGUCCACACGGUCACUGGUUCGACACCCGCACGCAGAAAGUCGAUAUUGUCAUUCAAUGGCUCUCUCGUCGAUUACGUGUGCCAUACCAACGCCAUUGGUAUCAUUCCUCGUCUUCUUAGGCACGGAACAUCGAAAUUUGGCUACACUUUUUUCGCUUUUCACCUGCCUUGCCCAACUUUAUUCUAACUAAUGACAAUUCUCGUUUCCAGAGCCCGUCCUCGUCUCCGAAUGUGAAACUGAAGAUCACCGGACUGCCGGGUCGGCCAGGAGGCGUGGAACAAGUGCAAGAACUGCGCGACGUCGCCGAAAUGUCAUCCGACGAGAGCACAUCGGAGAGUUCGGAUGAGGAGGGCACUUCCAAGAAGACGCCGAGUAGCAGCAAAUCGUGA